GAGUAGGGGAGCUGCAGGGGGAGGGGGGAAAGGCCUCCAGGGCCGAGGCCGCCCAAGCGUGUUCUCCGCGGGCGGGUCAGGCCCCCGGGUGCUUCCCCGCCCGGUUCCUCAGUGCCCUGGAUCCCCGACCUCUUAGGCGUGGACUCUGGUGGUCGCGGUGGAGGAGGACGCCUGCUUCGCUCCCCGGCGGGCCGCUGCAGUGCCCGGGCCGGGGGACCGCCAGCUCCGGGAGCCGGUGGGGCCGGUAUGGAGCUCUUCCAAGCCAAGGACCACUACAUCCUGCAGCAGGGCGAGCGCGCGCUGUGGUGCAGCCGGCGCGACGGCGGCCUGCAGCUCCGACCCGCCACUGAUCUUCUUCUUGCCUGGAACCCCAUUUGUUUGGGAUUGGUAGAAGGAGUUAUUGGGAAAAUUCAACUUCACUCAGAUCUUCCAUGGUGGCUUAUUUUAAUCCGGCAGAAAGCGUUGGUGGGCAAACUCCCAGGAGACCAUGAGGUCUGUAAAGUUACCAAAAUUGCUGUAUUGUCACUUUCUGAAAUGGAACCUCAGGAGCUUGAGCUAGAGCUCUGUAAGAAGCAUCAUUUUGGAAUUAACAAGCCAGAGAAGAUCAUACCAUCUCCUGAUGACUCCAAGUUUCUACUGAAGACGUUUACGAAUAUCAAAUCCAAUGUGUCUGCUCCCAACAAAAAGAAAGUUAAAGAAAGUAAAGAAAAGGAGCGGCUGGAGAGGCGGCUGCUUGAGGAGUUGCUGAAGAUGUUCAUGGACUCAGAGUCCUUCUAUUAUAGCUUGACCUAUGACCUGACCAACUCUGUGCAGAGGCAGAGCACUGGGGAGAGCGAUGGCCGUCCCCUCUGGCAGAAGGUUGAUGACCGGUUUUUCUGGAAUAAGUACAUGAUCCAAGAUCUCACUGAGAUUGGUACUCCAGACGUGGACUUCUGGGUCAUCCCCGUUAUCCAGGGCUUCGUGCAGAUUGAAGAGCUCGUGGUUAACUACAGCGAGUCAUCAGACGAUGAGAAGAGCAGCCCCGAGACCCCACCUCAGGACUCCACCUGUGUUGAUGACAUUCACCCGCGGUUCCUAGUGGCUCUCAUAUCUCGCAGAAGUAGGCACAGAGCAGGAAUGCGCUAUAAACGAAGAGGGGUGGAUAAAAAUGGAAAUGUUGCCAAUUAUGUGGAGACCGAGCAGCUGGUUCAUGUCCAUAACCACACCCUGUCAUUCAUUCAGACUCGGGGCUCUGUGCCUGUCUUUUGGAGCCAGGUUGGGUAUCGCUAUAAUCCAAGACCUCGGCUGGACAAAAGUGAGAAGGAAACGGUUGACUGCUUCUGUGCCCAUUUCGAAGAACAACUGAAAAUUUACAAAAAACAGGUCAUCAUUAACUUGGUAGACCAGGCUGGGAGGGAGAAGAUUAUUGGCGAUGCUUACCUGAAGCAGGUGCUGCUCUUCAACAACUCGAAGCUCACCUACGUCUCCUUUGACUUUCACGAGCACUGCCGAGGAAUGAAGUUUGAAAAUGUUCAGACCCUAACGGAUGCCAUUCACGACAUUAUUCUUGACAUGAAGUGGUGUUGGGUUGAUCAAGCUGGGGUAAUAUGUAAGCAAGAAGGGAUUUUUCGAGUUAAUUGCAUGGACUGCCUGGAUCGCACCAACGUGGUGCAAGCUGCCAUUGCGCGAGUGGUCAUGGAACAACAGCUUAAAAAACUAGGUGUGAUGCCCCCAGAGCAGCCACUACCUGUGAAAUGUAACCGAAUCUACCAGAUAAUGUGGGCUAACAAUGGUGACUCCAUCAGCAAGCAGUAUGCGGGGACAGCUGCUCUGAAGGGUGACUUCACCAGGACGGGAGAGAGGAAGUUGGCAGGAGUCAUGAAAGACGGCGUUAACUCUGCGAAUAGGUACUACCUCAGCCGGUUCAAGGAUGCUUACAGGCAGGCUGUCAUCGAUUUGAUGCAAGGCAUUCCAGUGACAGAAGAUCUUUAUUCCAUAUUUACCAAGGAGAAAGAGCAUGAAGCUUUGCAUAAGGAAAACCAGAGAAGCCACCAGGAACUCAUCAGCCAGCUCCUGCAGAGUUACAUGAAGCUGCUGCUGCCGGGGGAUGAGAAAUUCCACGGGGGCUGGGCCCUGAUUGACUGCGACCCCAGCCUCACUGACGCUGCUCACAGGGAGGUGGACGUGCUGCUGCUGCUUUCUAACUCCGCCUACUACGUGGCCUAUUACGAUGAUGAAGUUGAUAAAGUAAACCAGUACCAACGACUAAGCCUAGAAGACCUGGAGAAAAUAGAAAUAGGUCCUGAGCCUACUCUUUUUGGCAAACCAAAGUUCUCCUGCAUGCGCCUGCACUACCGGUGUAACGAAGCAAGUGGCUACUUCCACACACUGAGAGCCGCACCACGCAGUCCUGAAGAAGAUGGGAAAGAUACUCUGCAGUGCAUCGCAGAGAUGCUACAGAUCACCAAGCAAGCCACGGGACUGGAUGUCCCUAUCAUUGAGAAGAGACUCGACAGGAAAAGCAGUAAGCCUCAUGAAGACAUCAUUGGUAUCAGAUCUCAACACCAAGGCUCUCUGGCCCAGGGGAAAAGUUUUUUAAUGAGCAAGUUUUCAUCUCUAAAUCAAAAAGUAAAGCAGACCAAAUCCAAUGUGAACAUUGGCAACCUACGAAAAUUAGGAAACUUUACAAAGCCUGAAAUGAAAGUUAACUUUCUAAAACCAAACUUAAAAGUCAAUCUUUGGAAGUCAGAUAGUAGUCUGGAGACCAUGGAAAACUCAGGAGUAAUGAGUACCAAGGUCCAGGGCGAGUCUGACGGGGACAUGUCUUCAGAUAACGACUCCUACCACUCUGACGAAUUCCUCACAAAUUCCAAGUCAGAGGAAGACAAGCAGCUAGCCAGUUCCUUAGAGAGUACAGGGCCAGUAGAUUACAUUCUCCCGAGCUGUGGCAUCAUUGCUUCAGCACCUAGGUUAGGCAGUCGGUCCCAGUCUGCCAGCAGCACCGACAUCAGCAUUCAUGCUCCCGCAGAGGCUACUGCUGGUCCUGGGAGUGGGUUUGGAAAAGGCCAGGAGUCUCCCUUGAAGAAAAGUCCUUCUGCCGACAACCUAUGUGUACUGACUGGCUUUGCCAAGCCUGUGGAUGUGUACUGCCACCGAUUUGUGCAGGAUGCACAGAACAAAGUGAUUGAGCUGUCAGAGACCAGGUCUGUAUCGCAGAAUAGUGAGGAAGGAACCCAAAAGACGAAUCACAUUUCUAACGAAGAAAGCCAGUCAGAAUCAGUGGGAGAGAUGCCUCCUCGACCGUCUCAGCUAAGUGUCUCCUGCUCUGUGACAGGCCCACAGCUUUUGUCAGCUGAGCCAGUUAAUGCCGUGGCCCCUCAGAAGACCCCCAGCUCCGGGUCUAGCCUGCUGGAGCUUGAGGCAGGGCUUUGUGUAACUCCUUCUUCAGAGAGCAGCAGCAGAGCAGUCUCUCCCUUUGCAAAGAUCCGUAGCUCCAUGGUCCAAGUUGCUAGUAUUACCCAGGCUGGGCUGACCCACGGGAUAAACUUGGCAGUUGCCAAAGUUCAGAAGAGUCCAGCUGAACCUGAAGUGGUUAAUGAAACUCAGCAAAAUGAACUGAAAAAUAUGUUUACACAAUGCCAGACAAGAAUAAUCCAGAUUUAGAUUUUAGUUACAAUCCUAUGACUUCUAUUUAAAAACUGAAAAUGAAGUUUUCAACUAUCAGGCUGUUUUAACAUGUACUGAGUUUAGGGAUUUCAGAUUAUGUUUACUGGAGAUUAUUUUUACAAGGAGUCUGAACGUGAACAGAUUUCCAGAUGUGUAAGUCAGGACCACAGCUGUCACCCUAGACUAGACGGCAGAGAAGCUAAUCUACUAGGGUGGUUUGCUCAUCUCACUCAGAGGUGCAGGAAGGAAGCGAGGCUGGUGUUUGGAGCAGGGAGAUGGACUGUGAGGUAGACUGUGGACACUAUCUGAGGGAUCAGUGUUUUUCUGCUCUGUCAGCUCACUCCUUUACACUGCCUCUGUAAGGGAAAUUAGACAUUUAUGGUUUAGUGACUAUAAAGUGAUACUAGUGUGCAGAAGU